UAGCUGGUUCGCCAGUUGGCCGUCGGAGUGCGCUCGGUGACAGAGUGGCGGGAGGCAGGGCUGGACCGACCGACCGGCAUCCUAGCCUAGACCACACGCCAGUCGGCAUUCGAGUUUUGUGAACCUAGCGUUCCAGGUCCGCUUCCUGUUCAUAACAAGCGUUGGUGCUCUUUCUUUGAUGUUGGGCUCGACUGAAGUAGCGUGGCGCGUUGCCAUCCUCCCAUCCAGGCCAUUUCUGUUUAGUGAACCACCCGAAUAAUCUCAUCGAUGCGCGCUUGUAGUUUCAGUUUUGCUUGUCGCGUGAUUGUGUGUGAAAUAGUUGUGUCACUAGUUGCCGGGUGAUAUGUUCAAGAAUUGCUGCGGUUGCAAUAAACAGAAGAAAGUUGCCGACAGCGAUGGCGGCAGCAUUAAAAAGGAAGCGCGGGAAACUGGAAAGGAGACCGAGGAGGGCAAAAAGGAUGUUGUCAAGGUAGAGAAUAAACCGACCGAAAAGAAGGAGGACGUUGUCAGUGUUGUGAAGGAAGAGGUUGAUGGAAAACAUGGUGAAAAAGAGGUUGAUGGUAAACGUGGUGAAAAAGAGGAGGAGAAGGCUGUUGGAUCGGAGGUUGAGAAAUCAGAAGUAGUGUCCAGCAAAGCGAAGAACCCGGGACUGGUUGUGGACACUUCGGCGCCGGUUGACCGGUCUAUUCUGAAGAAGCCGAAGGAUGGCGAUGCAGGUAAAUUUGAGGAAGAGGAGGAUGAUGAAGAUGAAGACGAGAAAGAAGUGCCGCCGAUGACUCCGCGGACGGCGAGCAACGCGACGCCGCACCCGAACAAGCGCAACUCGACGCCGAGCCUGGCGACGACUGUGACAAAGUGGUGGUCGCAGGAGGAUGACGAAGUGGUUCCGGGUGCGGAGGGCAGCGGCCGCGCUGAGCCUCCUGUCACGCCGGUCGGUCGCGACGAGUUGGCCCUCAGGAGGCACCGCUUCUUCUCCGACCUGCUGGUUGCCGCUCAGGCCGCCACCGAGCACCGCGUCCGCUUCGAUCCGCUCGGACCUUCCGUUGCAGGGGCUCCUUGUGAAUGCGGUGCGUCAUCUAGUGUUGAAUUGAGUACGGUGUUGUCCCGUCUUGAAAAUAUAACCUCACGACUAGAAAAAGCAGUUCCUACAUCGGAAACACCUAAGCAUCAUACAGCCUGCCAGGUUUCCUUUUCGCCAGAACAUAAACAUCAGAAGCCAUCCAACCAGCCAUCAUCUGAAUCACCGAUGGCCAUGAGCGUGCAAGCAUACAGCGACAUACUGCAGGGGCCUCUGGCCACCUACCUCAAGUUGUCCGGAGAGAUUGGCGGGGAUGUUGCCACCCAUGCCAAACUGGUUGCAGAUGCAUUCAAGAUUCAAGUACAGUUCCUGCAACUUGCUGCCAGUCGGUCGUCUCCUAGCGACAAUGAGUUAGUUCAGCUGCUGCAGCCAACAUCACAAAAAAUUCAAGAGAUUCAAGGCUUGAGGGAGAAGAAUAGAGCAUCUCCCUUCUUCAACCACCUUAGCGCUAUUAGUGAGAGUAUCCCUGCUCUUGGUUGGGUCACAGUGAGCCCUGCACCUUCUCCCUAUGUGAAAGAGAUGAACGAUGCUGGCCAAUUCUAUACGAACCGAGUUUUGAAAGACUGGAAACAAAAGGAUGCGAAGCAUGCAGACUGGGCGAAGGCAUGGGUAGAGACGCUGACCGAGUUGCAGAAAUUUGUGAAGCAGCAUCACACGACUGGCCUUGUUUGGUCUGGAAAAUCCGGGGGCGGAAUUCCACCCCCACCCCCCGGAUGCCCUCCCCCACCCCCUCCCGUUAUGCCGCCAAUGGCAGAUCUCACCAUUGAAGACGCAGCCAAUGACCGAUCUGCCCUAUUUGCUCAAAUCAACCAAGGAGAAAAUAUCACCAAGAGUUUGAAGAAAGUGACUUCGGAAAUGCAGACUCACAAGAACCCGAACCUGCGCACGGGACCAGCGCCCUUCAAGCCGGCUGCGGCCAGCACUGGCGCCCCCACUACUGUGCCUGUCAAGGCACCCGCCACCAACAAGCCCCCCGUCUUCGCGCGCGAUGGCAAGAAGUGGCUUGUUGAGUACCAACACAAAAACCAGAAUCUUGUUAUCGAUGGAGCCGAAAUGAACAAUGUUGUGUACAUGUUUGGCUGCUCUGAGUCGACUCUGACAGUGAAAGGCAAAAUCAACUCAGUAUUCCUUGAUUCUUGUAAAAAAUCUGCUGUUGUCUUCGAUUCGCUAGUAUCGUCUGUGGAAUUUGUCAACUGUCAAUCAGUACAGAUGCAGGUGCUGGGUAAAGUGCCCACCAUUUCUAUAGAUAAAACCGAUGGAUGCCAGAUCUACCUGAGCAAGGACUCGCUCGAUGUUGAAAUAAUCAGCUCCAAGUCAUCAGAGAUGAACGUGCUUGUUCCCAAAGCAAAUGGAGAUUUCGCGGAGUAUCCAGUGCCUGAACAAUUCAAGACUUUAAUAAAACCAACAGGCCUUUCAACAACUGCUAUAGAGAACAAAGGCUAGAUGCAAUUCUACUAGCCAUCAUUUUUCGUUCCAUCUAUAAUAUUUAUUAUUAUUAUCACAUCAAAAGCUUAUUGUUGAAUGAUCAAAAUAUCAUAAAAAACGAAGUUUUUGACAAUGUUUUGAAUAGUAACCAAUGAAAUGCAUGUUAUUGAAAAAUUCAUUGAUUAUCAAAAACUAUUGUUUGAAAUGAUAUUAUUUAUAUUAUACAAAAAACUUGACAUUGUAAAUCUUGUAAUAUCAUCAUGAGUGCAUUGCUAAAUGAAAAUAUAUAUUUUGUGAAUUCCUCUUUUUCACAAAUCUCAUAAUCGUAAAUACAAAUGUACCAAUAAGCAUUAUAAACUUUUGCUAAUGUUAUAUAAAGAUAAAUAUCUGAUUUCAUAAAUCAUAUUUACUGUUCUGAAACAAUCGCAGAAACAUCAAACUAUAAUAAUACUCAUUGAAAACGAUCUCACAUUUGUGAAAGAUAACUUUCUAAACAACUACAAUCUUUUUAAAUUCUACUGUAUAUUGAACGGUGUGUGAAAAAAAUUGUCAAGCUGUCGUAAUGUAAAAAAUAUCUAUAAAUAUAGCUUUUCGUAUUCUUCUGUAAAAAUCAUAAGUCAAACUGUAAUUUAACUAUUUUUCAUCCUUAAUUAUAUUGUUUUGACAAUUCGAUUGUAUAUAUUUGAAGUAUCUAAUAAUCUGAUUGUAAGGUACAAUUACGUUCAUUGAGGAUUUGUGAUUUUACUACUAAUCAUAGCAAUUGAAGUAGUUAAAACAAUAAAAUAUACAGUUUAAUUGGAUAUUGUUGAGCAAUAUAUAUUAGUCUUGAUUACAGCAAUGUACAUUUCCCUUUUUUCCAUUGCAACAGGAAAAGUAGAAAAAAUAGAUAACAUUGGUUAGCUGGUCCUUAAUUCAAGUCAAUACUUAAUAAUUAUCCUAAAAUACUUAUUUGCCAAUCUAACAGUUGUAAAUACUUUUUAGCAUUCUAAUUUGUUUUAAAUCGUUCAAAUAAUAUCCAGCUCUGCAGUAGUGGUUUCCAUUUGUCCGAUUAUAUGUUUUUUAUUGAAAUUAUUCAUAAAAGAUUGUGUUUCCAUGAUUUAUGAAUAAUGUUGAAUUCUGAGAUUUCCCUGGAUAAAUGGAUGAGCUUCGAAUUUCAUUAUCAUUGUAUUAAUCACUUUCUCAUCAAUCUCAUUUUUACUUUUGACAUUAUAGAGUGAAUUAAUGAUAAGAACUAACAUUAAAAAUUUUAGGCUCCAGUACCCCCACAAGAUGUCUCAGUUGAUUUAGCAUUAAAAGAAUGACUAGUUGCAAAUCAACAAUCAGAUUUGUGACUUGAUUGAUAUUAUUUAAAAGGCAUUGCCAAAAACUUUUAAUAAUUAAAAUUAAUCUAAUUAUUAGAUUACCGUUGAAAUUUUCAAAGCAUACUGUCAGUAUUUAUUUAUUGAAAAGUUACUUUGUGGAGUAUGCUCUCCUUCUAGAACAUAGUUAUUUCAGUAUAUCAAGACAAACAAUGCAGUCACCGUGAUUAAUUUCAUUCCUUUGAUACUUUAAUCGUGAAGUUUCUGUGUAAGAUUAAUGAUAUUCUAUACUGUGGUGCUUCUAUUCACGAUAGAUCUCUGAUUUAUCACUCCAAAAAAAGUUAUUUAAUAUUUGUGUAAUUUCCCUCAUUUUGUUUGUGUCUGUACAGUUUGAAAUGUUCUUAUUGGUGCACAAGUGCUGGCAAUUCAUGAUAUCUAAGUUCUCAUUGCUUCUAUUUGAAAAUGUUUGUAAAGUAUGUAAUGUAUGUUUGUAAAACAAAUAUUUCAAUUCAAACUUGUAUCAGACCGAUUGCUGUAUUCUAUAUAAUAUAUGUGAAGUCGAAUAGAGUAAUGAAUGUUCAUUUAUUGAUAGAAUGAGAAUAAUUGAUUGAGGUUAUGUAAUAUGUGCUGUUUUCAAAGUUCCAAAAAUGUAUUCACUGUUUUAAUCGCCCUCGAGAUUAAUUCCCUAGAACUGUAUUUUAAUAUGAUACUGAAGUUACUUAUAAUUAUAGUUGUAUCCUAUUUGAUUGUUUUCGGUCUAUUCUGUUUUUAUAAAAUGCUCAAAGUAUUUUCAUAGAUUAAUGGUGACAGUGAAUUUUUGUGAUUCAACCCUCUGGUUACCUAUUAAGAGUUUUAAGUAAUAUUGAUAUUAUUGUAUAAUGCAUUCAUUUUUUUCUAUAUUAACUUAUUCCAAUCAAUCAUUCAUUUUAUUUUAUUGUUAUUUAAUACCUGUUGGUGUAUUCCACAUCACAUUUCAUCUUACGCAUCGCUCUACAUUGCAAUAAGCUCAACAUAUUCAUUGUAAUAAGAUCGUGUAUGGCUAUUCCUAUCAUAGUUUUAUUUUUCCAUAAUAUUCUAAACUUAUGAGAUUAUUAUAAUAAGAAGGCUCAGAAGCCAUUUUAGUAAAUUGAUAUUGAUGAUCACGUCAUUUUGUACCAAUCGCUUGAAUAUGCUAUUGGAAGUAUUUUGGAUAAUAUUUUAGCAAAUCAAGAAAACUUGGAGGGCGUAAUUGCCGCAUUGAAUUCAAGUGUUUUAUUUAUUAAUUUAUUAGCAGUAACUGGGACUACGUUCUCUUGUGCGCAAGUGGUUAGCUCCAAUAGAAAUUAUUCCUCACUACCAUUUCAAUUUGAGAAGGAAGUAUUUGUCAAACUCUUGAGUCGUUUUUAAUGAACUUAUUCAUUAUUUUAGCCUCUCCCUCUCUUUUUUGCAUUUAUUCUGUUUCCAUUUAUUUUAUGUCCUGUAUGAUUAGGCAAUUAAAUUUGUAACAAGAUUGUAGUUUUUAAGCUCUACUAUUUAUUCAAUAAAUUCAAAAAUUUUAUCUGAGCAUGGCUUAUUCCCGACGAAUGUCAAUAUUGAAUAUUGAUAAUGAACUUUUAAUAUGGAUUUCCGAAUCAGUCGUUGUGUAUAUUCCAUGACAAUUUUGAAUAAACAAAUGCUUUUUUGAAACAAUGA